CAUCUAGCACUCAGCUUACGUAUCGAGUUGGCAACUCUGUGGCUGUCAAAUCUGUGAUAGAAUUUUAUUUGUAGAAAUGGCUGAGUUGUUGUCGGUUCCGUUGAAAAAGUCUUCGGACGUAGAUAUUGUUAAACCUUUGAAAAACUUAAUUCAGUCUACAUAUAGUUCUGGAACGAAUACUGAGGAUUACAGCGAUGCAUUGAAUGAACUAAGUCGCCUAAGAUCUAACGCGAUAUGGAAAGUGUUUGAGAAGUCGUCACUGGAACUUAUUUACAGUUACUAUGAUCAGCUCGUGGCUCUGGAAAGCAAGAUUCCUCCACAAGAGGUUCAAAUACCUUUUAAGUGGAAAGAUGCAUUUGACAAGGGAUCCUUCUUUGGAGGAAGGAUGAGUCUCACAAUCAGCUCACUGGCGUACGAGCGAAUGUGUGUGCUGUUUAACAUUGGGGCGAUGCAGAGUGCUGUUGCUGCACAGCAACCCCUCGACACAGAGGACUCACUAAAACUAGCUGCGAAACUGUUGCAGCAAGCGGCGGGUGUAUUUGCAUACCUGAAGGCAAACAUAAUGAUGGCUGUCCACCAAGAGACAACUCCAGAUCUUAACCCUGAUACCCUCCACGCUCUGUCGCAGCUGAUGCUCGCGCAAGCCCAGGAGGUCAUCGCGUACAAAUGUAUUCGAGACGAGAUGAAGGAGAGCAUGGUGGCGAAGGUGUGCGCGCAGUGCGAGGAGCUGUACGCGGACGCGCUGCGCUGCGCCCAGAGGGAGGGGCAGCGCGCGCUCUGGGACCGCGACUGGAUACCCACAAUGCAGGCGAAGCAGUCUGCGUUCCGGGGACUGGCGCAGUACUACCAGAGUCUCGUGUGUCGCGCCAACAAGGCCGUGGGCGAGGAGAUCGCCCGCUUGCAGGUGGCGGUGGAGCAGCUGAAGCUGGCGGGGGCGGGCGCGGGGGGCGGCGCGCUGCUGCAGGAGGGGGGCGCGCGGGCGGCGCGGCACCUGCAGGAGGCGCGGCGGGACAACGACUUCAUCUACCACGAGCGCGUGCCCGAGCCCUCGCAGCUGGAGCCCGUCGCGCGCGCGUGGCGCGCCUGCGGGAGGGCACGCAGCUGCUCAACGCCGCGCUGUCCGCGCUGGGCCUGCCCGCCUCGCUGGAGCGGCCGCACUCGGGCCGGCUGCCGGACGCGCUGGCGCAGAAGGCGGCGGCGGUGCGGGCGCAGGGGGGGCUGCCGGCCCUCGCGCGCCUCGUGGCCGACCUGCCCGACCUGCUGCAGCGGAACAAGGACAUCCUGGACGAGACGGAGCGCAUGCUGCGCGAGGAGGCGGAGGCGGACGCGGCGCUGCGCUCGCAGCUGGGCCCGCGGUGGGCGCGCACCGCCUCGGCCGCGCUCACGGCCGCCUUCCGCGCCAACGCCGACAAGUACCGCCAGAUCAUAGACAACGCCGUGCGCGCCGACAAGAUCGUGCAGCAGAAGUUCCAGCAGCACAAGGACAGCAUCAGCCUGCUGAGCGGCAGCGAGGGCGAGUUGAGCGCGGGCGUGCCGGACGCCCCCGCAGCCGCCGCCGCCGACGACGAGGAGGGGCCGCUCGUCGAACUGCGGGGGCUGAUGCAGGAGGUACGUCCACGAUGCGGUCCUCGCCUCCAGUGUCUUGGCUCUCAGAGCCUCUUCGUUUGGUAUUUACUAA